AUGAGUUCUGGCUAUGAAGAUUGUAAAUGUGGAAAACCAAGAACCGACAAUAAGUGGUGCCAGUCGUGUAGUUCAGAUUACUUUAAAAAACAAUUCGGCAAGUGGACAAGUGGUAAUAAAGCCGUUGAUAAAUUUAUCCAAGAUACCCAACUUAAUGCUAAGAGUAGUGAUCAAGUUUUAGAAUUGGUUUCAUUUGAAAAAGAAAUCUUUGAUGUUGAACAUCUUGCUGUUGGUGGUUAUGGGACCGUAUAUAAAGCUAAAUGGAUGAGCGGUCCUAUUAAAUAUUAUGACGUUUCUACUCAAAGAUUGUGCAGGUCUGGCAAGUCUGGCGGGACUGAUAUUAUCCUUAAAGGUUUAAAAGAUUCAAAGAAUGUGAAUGAAGAAUUUUUUGAAGAGGUAUUUAAUUUAAUUAUUGUUAAUAGAGGUCGCCCAGAUAUUUACGAAAACAUAACUCCAAAAAUCAUUAUUGAUUUAAUUAAUAGUUGCUGGAAUGAAAACCCAAAAGAUCGACCAAAGGCUAUUGAUUUGCGUAAUAAGCUUUCUAAAUAUAAAGAAACAUGGACUGAAAUUGACGAAAAUCAGAAUUUUGAAAUACUUCCAACAGAAGCCCCUUUAAAUUACAAGAUAUCUGAACAAGCAAGCUAUAUUAGUAGACUAUUGCCAACGUACCAGAUUAAUCAAUAA